AUGGCUGAUCCUACAGUAAUUGAACUGAAAAAAAAAUUAGACCAUGCGCAACAGACUUAUGAUACACAUAUGAGUAAUUACAAGCAAUGGCUUGAUGAAAACAAGGGUUUACAAGGAAGUGACGUUUAUGUGCAGUAUUGUCAAAACGUAGAAAAAUGGGAAAAAGAUAUUCUUGAAAAAAUUGUACAAAUUACUAAAAGUUAUGAACAAGCAUUAACUAAAUCAUUUUCAGCAAGAGCUGCAGAGAUGACAGCUGUUCCAUCUGCAGCUGAAAUUGAUAUAGAAUUAAGAAAUUUAGUACAUACUAUCAAACCCAUGGAUUUUAUGAUGGCUAUUAUUAAUUACGGUCACGCAGAUCCAUUAUUUUUAAAUCAUGUUGUUCAAAUUGUAAAUGCUGUAGAUGCACAAAGGAACAGGAAAAUGGGAGAAUCACAAAAGCAACAUCCACUUGUUAAUGGUGUCUUUUUUUCACCAUCAAAUGAAGGUUAUUCCACUCAAAAUGUUGGUUAUCGUGUUGAACCUCCUAUUAAAAAGCCAACAUACACUCCAGCACCACAAAAGCAAUAUACUAUGGGAAAUAUAAUGCCAUUUUCUGAUUUUAGUCAUCACUAA